UAUAUAUAGUACAUUAUACAUAUAUAUUUAUAUAGUCACAUUAUAUAUAGUACAUUAUACAUAUAUAUAUUUAUACAGUCAUAUUAUAUAUAGUAAAUUAUACAUAUAUAUAUUGAUAUAGUCAUAUUAUAUAUGGUACAUUAUAUAUAUAUAUAUAGACCAUUAUACAUAAAUAUAUAUCAGUGGCUAUAAGAGUUGAAUAUGGAGACUGACAUUCUGCUGGAGCCUCUAGUGGACGGAAGAGGAACUGCGGGGGGCGGGGCUUCGACUCUUAACAGGUGUGUUUGUGUCUGUUUCAGGAACGAUAAACCUCCUCCAGCAGCGAUGGCUCUGAUCUCUCUGGAAGACCUCGAUGGAUUGGACGAUGAGCAACUGGACGAUGACAUCACAGACAACCCUGAACCAAUGGAUGAAGACGACCGACUGCUGUCACACUGGCAGGCGGUUGCCAGCACCCACCAGGUGUCAGUUCCUCCAGAAAUGAAUGGACCCAUACAGGAAAUGACCCGUAACAGCCAGCAGAGGGAGCCCCUCCCCUUCGCUACAGUAUCCCGCCAUGAGAAGAUGGGGGAGCUGCUGUAUGAGGAGCGGCUGUACUCUGCAGGGAACUGGGCCUGUGUGACCAGAGGAGAAGAUCUGUACGAGCAGAGCAUCUCGAUGGGCUUCAUGAAACUGAUGCGCUUCAUCUGCAACGAGAACUCUGCAGGUAGAUACCUGGGGAUGACGGUGCCGGUGAUCAGUAACAUCCACAUGAUGGAGGACGGAAACACGUUUGAGAAAGACGUCCAGACGGCGUUCUUCCUGCCAGCCGAAUACCAGACCAACCCCCCCCGCCCCUCUGACCCCGACAUAACCAUCGUCCACAGAGAGCCAAUCAGAGUGGUCGCCAGGACGUUCUUUGGGACGACCACGGAGGAGACGGUGACUCAUCAGAUUGGGCUGUUGUGGGAGAUUUUGGGCGUCACCGACGAACUCCACAGAGACGAAUACAUGGUCGCCGUGUACGAGAACCCUGGCGUACCCCGCCGCAGGAACGAGAUCUGGUUCAUCAGACGCAACUUAUAGACUUCCCAUCAUUCCCUGCUCCUCUUCCUCCUCUGGUUGGUGGCAGAGGUCAAUCUGACCAAUCAGAGCAGGUUUAUGUUUGUUAGCAGGCCCUGACACUAAGCCCCGCCCCUCUCUGACUAACUGAUCUGCCAUUGGUUCAUCAUAUCAACAGGAAAUACAACACUUUAUUUUGUCAAGCUUCUGUCCUGAUUGGCUGUGGUCCAACCAAUCAGAUCUUCUCUGUAAUCUUCAUAGCGAUGAUGUCAGAGUUGCAUGUUUGUGAUGCAGGUAAUCAAUAUUGAGCUGAUCAGACUGUAAACAGCAAAUUCUAUUGGUCAUAUGUAAAAUGUUAACCUCUGACCUGCGAGUGUGAGAGGUCAUCAGACUGACCCCAGAUCAGGUCUUUAUUCAAACCAGGAAAUCAGCAGCUAGUUAGCUUAGCAUAGUAUAAAGACGUUGACACGUUGUAGCGAGUAGCUAACAGCCGGUCCUGGUCCGGUCCUGGUCCGGUCCUGGUCCGGUCCUGGUCCGGUCCUGAUGCAGUUUGAGGACCGGAUUCUGGUUUUUACAGUUUGUGAAAGAAUAUUUUUGUAAAAUAACGACAGAGCAUGUGAACUUUAAUUAUUGUGAUUUUUGGUGCCUGUUCAGACUUCCUGUUGUUCAUUUUCACUGUAAACGUUUUUUAUUGGUUGUUCAAAUGUUUGUGAAUAAAAGAAUAAAUUCAA